CAGUCCACAACAGGGGGAAAGAGUUCAAGUCAGAAUGCCGCUCCGUCUGGACAUCAAACGCAAGCUCUCUUCGCGCUCCGAGCGCGUUAAGAGCGUGGAUCUACACCCCACAGAGCCAUGGGUGCUCUCGGCUUUGUACUCAGGUAGCCUCAUGAUCUGGAACUACGCCACGCAGUCGCUAGUCAAGACGUUAGAGGUGUCGUCCCUUCCUGUCCGCAACGCCAAGUUUGUGGCCCGUAAGCAGUGGAUCAUCGCCAGUAGCGACGACAUGCAAGUGCGUGUCUUCAACUACAAUACCAUGGAGAAAGUGACGAGCUUCGAGGCCCACAGCGACUACAUCCGCCACAUCGAAGUGCACCCGACACUGCCGUGCUUCCUCACGUGUGCUGACGACAUGACUAUCAAGCUCUGGGACUGGGAUAAGAACUUCAUGUGCUCUCAGGUGUUUGAGGGCCACGGCCACUACGUCAUGAUGGUCAAAUUCAACCCCAAAGACGCUCACAGCUUCGCCAGCGCCUGUCUGGACCGGACGGUGCGCGUCUGGGGCCUCGGCUCCAGCCACGCCCACUUCUCACUCGAGGGACACGAGCGAGGAGUCAACUGUGUGGCCUAUUACCCUGGAGGAGACAAGCCUUACUUGCUCUCGGGCAGUGACGACCGUACCGUCAAAGUCUGGGACUAUCAGACUAAGGCCAUUGUACACACUCUGGACGGCCACGGGAACAAUUUGACGUCAGUGCUGUACCAUCCGAGACUGCCGCUCAUCAUCUCAGCCUGUGAAGACGGCGCUGUGCGGAUGUGGCACUCGACGACGUACCGUGCGGAGACUACGCUUAAUUACGGGAUGGAACGCAGUUGGUCCCUUGCAGCUUUACCGUCAGCUAAUACGCUGGCUAUCGGUUACGAUGAAGGCACAAUUGUGCUGCGUCUUGGACAUGAUACGCCCGUCGUCAGUAUGGACGCUGGAGGUAGCGGAAAACUCAUCUGGACGACGAAUAAUGAAGUCCACACGGCCAGUAUCAAGGGUGUGGUAGCGGAAAUGGGUCUGCAGGACGGAGAGAAGCUGCCACUGGUCUCCAGAGACCUUGGAAGCUGCGAAGUGUACCCUCAGAAGGUGCAACACAACAGCAACGGUCGCUACGUGGUAGUCUGCGGUGACGGCGAGUACAUCAUCUACACGGCUCAACAGCUUCGUAACAAGGCGUUUGGAGCUGCUCUGGACUUCUGCUGGUCGCCUACAGGGACUGGUGACUACGUCGUGCGCGAGAGCAUCUCGAAACUCACAUUGUUCCGCAACUUUAAGGAGGUGAAGAGUGAGAAGCCACGCGUGCUGUCUGCCGAGGGUCUGUUCGGUGGUACGGGCGCUAUCGGCGUUAAGGGCAACGAUGCCAUCGCCAUGUUCGACUGGGAAGAGCUGCGCCUGAUCCGCAAGAUCGACGUGGUCGUCAAGAACGUCUUCUGGUCCGAGAACGGCAGUCUGGUCGUACUCGCGUGCGAGUCGAGCUUCUUCGUGCUGCGAUACAACAAGGAGCUGGUGGCUCAGGCUUUCGCUGCCGGUACAAACUCACCCGAGGAAGGUGUCGACGGCGCCUUUGACCUGUUGCACGAAAUCUCAGAGAAGGUUGGCACAGGCACGUGGGUUGGCGACUGUUUCCUGUACACCAACGCUGGAGGGCGACUCAAUUACUACGUGGGUGGUGAGGUGAUGACACUGGCUCACCUGGAGCAGAAGAUGUACUUGCUGGGGUAUCUCCCACGCGAGAAUUUGGUCUUCCUCAUGGACAAGAUGAAGAACGUGGUGAGCUACACAGUGUCGCUGGUGAUGCUAGAGUAUCAGACUGCGGUGGUGCGUCGAGACUUUGAGAGCGCGAACGCGAUUCUGCCCAAGAUCCCGGCCGAUCAGAUGGACUACGUGGCUCGCUUCCUCGAGUCUCAGGGUUUCAAGGAGGAAGCUCUAGCUCUUAGUACGGAUCCGGACCAGAAGUUCGAUCUAGCUGUACAGCUCGCAAAGUUGGACGUGGCGCGUGACAUUAUGCUACAGGAGAUCGACAAGGGAGACAAGGCCAAGGACAUGGACAUCGAGACGCAGCACAAGUGGAAGCAGCUGGGCGAUCUUGCCUUGAAUGACUGUCAGCUUGCUCUGGCCGAGGACUGUGCGCUGCGUGCGGAUGAUUUCAGUCUGCUGCUGAUCCUGUACACGAGUCGCGGAGACAAGGACGGUCUUGUGCGCCUGGCUGGUCUUGCUCGAGAGAAGCGUCGCUACAACAUCGCGUUCAUCUGCUGGCUGCUACUGAGCAAGACGACGGAGUGUGUGGAGGUGUUGAAGGAGACGAAAAGAUUCCCGGAAGCUGCGUUCUUCGCUCGUAGCUACUGUCCUUCCAAGAUGCAGCUGGUGAUGGACAAGUGGCGUGAAGACUUGGCUGCUGUGAGCUCUCGUGCUGCCAAGGCGCUGGCCGAUCCCACACGCAACGCUGACUUGUUCGAGAAUUUGGAGUUAUCGAUGCAGGCGGAGGCGACGCUGCUGGCCCAGAAUGGAGGGGAAGAGGCCAACGCUCCUGCUGUCUCGUACUUGGCCAAGAAGGAAGUGCUUGAGAGCGAGAACAUCCUCGAGUUGAUUCUUAGUGGCGGGGCUGCGGCUGCGUUUACUGUUGCUGCCAGCAGUACGUCGUUCCAUGAUGCGAGUGCAGAGGCUGAAGCUCAGGCACAGGCCAUAGUGCAAGCUCAAGCUGAAGCGGACGCGGAAGCUCAAGCCUUAGCACAAGCACAAGCAGAGGCGCAGGCUCAAGCUCAAGCGGAGGCGGAAGCUCAGGCUCAGUCUUUAGCUGCAGCGCAGGUACAGGCCGAGGCUGAAGCUGCUGCGGCUGCUCAAUUGGCUUACGAGCAAGCGCAAGCUGAAGCGCAAGCGGCUGCAGAAGCGGAGGCCCAACGUCGCGCAGAGGAAGAGGCAAGACAGCGGGCCGAGGCUGAAGCACAAGCUCGUGCUAUGGAGGAAGCUGCACGAUUGCGUGCCGAGCAGGAAGCCGCUGCUGCACAGGCCCAAGCUGAAGCAGAGGCGGAGUUACAGAGACAGCAACAGGCUGCGAUGUCCAGCAGCUUCGGCAGUGGUGACAAUGGCUUUGGAUUUGCUGCGUCGUCGGGCUCGAACGAGUUUGGAUUCAGCAGUCAAGAAGCUUUCUCGUCCUCGCAGACUUCGGAUUUUGGGAUGACUACAACCACUACGACAACGACGGGAACAACUGGUGAAUUGCUAGACUUUGAAUUGGACAACGCAGACAUCCAGUUCGAGGACGACGACGACGCCGACUGGGGCGAGAUGUAAGAAGCCUUCAGGAUGCCACCUUGUAUCGUUCUUCAUUAAAACAUUCCAAUAAAGCGUACUGGAAAUCAAUGUUUCAUGAUAAAAUACUACAGUAGUAGUACCAAAAACCAUCAAGAAUUCAUGUAAAAUCAAUUUCGUAUCCAU